AUGUCGGACUCGAAAAAUGUGCUCACGCUGCCCUCGGGCCAGAUCAUCACCAUCAACUUCACCAGUGAGACUGAGUAUCUCAACUCUCUAAGAGCUGGAGACGACGUCGUCCUGGAGAAUGCCAAGUUCUCGUUCCAGCCAGGAACGAGUCAACUGCUUCUCCUCGAGGAGUGUGAUCCAUUUGGGCUUUGGGUGGUUUUGUUUUCGAUCUUUCACCUGUACCCAAAGACCUCAUCGGUGGAGGUGGCUACUGUCAACAGUAGCCUCAGCUCUGAUAUAUUCACAAGCGGGCUGAUCCAGGCUAACUCCGACGACAGACUGCUCUGUCUUCGCUCAGUUUUCUAUCAGGUUCAUAUCCCGUCAAAGGGUCCGCUGUCUGGAUUUCUUCUGAGCAAUUCGUCAGCAUCAUCAAUCCCCACUUUCUAUGUGACCGACAAAAACAGCGCGGGGUCAACAGUCAGACAUCCUCUUCGCCCAACUCAUUUACACACAGAGCGGUAUGCGCGCUACAUACCCUCGCUCCAGAAACUGCUCGAGUUCCAUGUCUUGCAGAAAAGUGAUUCAGCUGACGUGGAUGCGUUCUCGGAGUGGAUGAACAAUGACCGUGUGGCAAAGUUCUGGGGCAUGAAGGGUGCAAAGGAUACCGUUCAUGUUCCUUACAUCGAGAGUAUGGAGAAGGACAGACACGCGACGCAGAUCAUCGGCACGCUCGACGGCGAGCGCUUUCUAUACACCGAGAUCUACUACGUGCUUGAAGAUCAUCUUGCGCCCUACACCGACGGAGAGGUAGGUCCAUACGACAUGGGUUUCCACCUUCUAGUCGGCAAUGAGAACCUGCGUGGCCCGCACAUCGUCCGCGCCUGGCUUACUUCGAUCGUGCAUAUGCUCUUCCUACAAGACACUCGAACGAGAUAUGUCUUUCUGGAACCAAGAGCAGAUAACUCGAAGCUGAUCGGGUAUCUUCUGAAGUUUGGGUUCACGAAGCUGAAGGAGUUUGAUUUUCCUCAUAAGCGAGCGGCGUUGAUGCGCAUCGAACGAACGACAUUUUUUGAAGAGAUAGGACCUGCCUUGUGA